ACAGCUGCGCUCGGCGAGACCCCGUCUCCACGCCAUGAAAAACUAGGUGUCCUGCGAGAACUUGGCCUCCAGUCUGUGUGUGAAGAACUUUUGUGAAUGAAUAAGUUGGCCUGCCACUUUGAAAAGAGUUUGGUAAGCUGGCACUGCUGCCAGGAUUUGGGAACGGGGGAGCGGGGAGGGCUCCGAAUGCUUUUCAACGCACUCAACCUGUGGCACCAGUGGCCAGAUUGCUUUCUAUAGAUAAGUUUGGCAACUUCAGUCAAGGAUCAUAGACUUGUUAUAGAACCUUAGUCAAUGGAUUUACCGACCUCAAUACUACAACUUUUUAGUAAGUAGUAUUACUACUUCUGACUUUUAUAUGUAUUUCACUGUUUUCCUCUGUUUUUUCCACUAGUGCCGAUUCUCUGAGCUUUACACAAUCUUGUCAUGUACUUGUGCUUAAUAUUUAUAAAGGUGACAUUACCUGUAGCUCAAUUGGUAGAUCAUUGUUUAAGUAACACAAAUGUUGUGGGUUGAAUUCUCAUGAAGCCUACAUACUGAUGAAACAAUGAUAAAUGUAAUGUAAUAUAAAUGUGGCAGUUUAUCAAAAAAAUGCUUGUGGAUCCAACUACAGUGAGAAUCCAUGAAUUAUACAGUUUUCCAAAUGCAGGUACUGUAUGAUACAGAUAAAAAUCGAGAUAUUGAAUUUUGAUUCAAAACUACAGACCCAAAACUAUUCAAUCCACGUGUAAUGCAUAUUUCUUGAUGUCAUGAAACUGGCUCCAUCCGGGCCCUCGACACAUCACUGUCCACUCAACGCUUUCAACUGUUUUUGACUAUUAUAAUGUCGAUCUCAGCACAUGCCUGCUGGGCAUUGAAGCGAACAGGUGAGAGAGAAAGAGACAGUGUGUAUGAGUGUGGUAAAAAAGUGAGUGUACGAGUGUGUGCGUGUGUGUGGUUGGAGAGAAAGCCGACCAGAUAGAGUUUGCUUACACUGUCCAUUGCCAGGUUUAUAGCAGCCAGUUAGAGACUUUAAUAGACAGAGGUCACAACAUUAAUUGAAUGUGAAAAGUUUUAAGUGAUUUUGUGUGAAGGGUGAUCAAUGUCAAGCCUGUGUGGUUUACUUAUUUGGUCCAUUUUCUCAAACGUCAUUUGCUAAACACUGCUGGCGAUUGGAAAAUUCGUCAUCAGGGCUGACCAUUUUGGAUCUUACAACCGGGAAAUGCUGUGUGAGUUCAUGAGGGCUGAAGCAUGUUUUAAGAGUUAAUAGAUGUUACAGAGAAAGUCCGGUUGCUUUUGCUGUAUUCAGCAUGUGUAUUUGAAUGAACAUGGGCCUAGAUGGCCUGGUAAAACACAGGGAGAAUUUUUGGGUUAUACUGAUAACAUUUUUCCAUACGAUGAAAGUCAACUUUUUUGUUUUCAGUGGAAAAAGUUUUGAACACGAGCAACACUUUGUCUAAUGAUUGUUUUUUGGGUAACUAUGCCUUUAAUGUUGCCUGUUUCAGCAGUUACUUUUUGACCUGCUCUGCUGAAAUCUCUUUUAACCCUUUCCCUCCAACUCACUCUCUCUCCCUCUCUCUUUCAUUCACUUUAGACUGUACUUUCUCUCUAGGCUAGAAAUCGUGAAGCAUGGGUGACUGGAGCUUUCUCGGCCGGCUCUUAGAGAACGCACAGGAUCACUCGACCGUGAUCGGCAAAGUCUGGCUGACCGUGCUCUUCAUUUUCAGGAUCAUGGUGUUGGGUGCCGCUGCAGAGGAGGUCUGGGGCGACGAACAGUCGGACUUCACCUGUAACACGCAGCAGCCUGGCUGCGAGAAUGUUUGUUACGACGAGGCCUUUCCCAUCUCGCACAUCCGCUUCUGGGUGCUCCAAAUCAUCUUCGUGUCCACGCCGACGCUCAUUUACCUGGGCCAUGUUCUGCACAUCGUUCGAAUGGAGGAAAAGCGGAAAGAGCGCGAGGAGGAGCUUCGAAAGGCCAGCCGGCUCCAGGAGGAGAAAGAACUCGGAAAUAGAAACCGAGGGGGAGGGGAGCCCGGCGAUCGGGGUGGGGGCAAAAAGGAGAAACCGCCAAUUAGAGAUGAGCACGGAAAGAUCCGCAUUAGAGGUGCCUUGUUGCGCACCUACGUGUUCAACAUCAUUUUCAAGACUCUGUUUGAAGUGGGUUUUAUUUUAGGUCAGUAUUUCCUUUAUGGAUUCCAGUUGAGGCCCCUGUAUAAAUGCGCGCGGUGGCCCUGCCCCAACAUGGUGGACUGCUUCAUUUCCAGACCCACGGAAAAAACCAUCUUCAUCAUAUUUAUGCUUGUGGUGGCUUGCGUGUCCCUUUUGCUUAAUUUGUUAGAAAUCUAUCACCUCGGAUGGAAGAAGGUUAAACAAGGCAUGAUCAGCGAAUUUACCCCCGACCACCAGCUGCUGUCCGAUUCCGACGCAGCAGAGCCGGAGUCUUCCAUCGCGUUGCCUAGGACUGCCCCUCCCACCCUCAGCUGCCCGCCGGACUACACUGAGGUGGCAGUGAGUAGCGGGGCGUUCCUGCAGCCCAUGUCAGGGUCCUCCACGGCAGAGUUCAAGAUGGACCCGUUGCACGAGGAGCUCGAGGAGUCUUCCCCUUUCUACAUCAGCAACAACAACCACAGGCUGGCCGCCGAGCAGAACUGGGCCAACCUGGCCACCGAGCAGCAGACUCGGGAGAUGAUCGGCGCCUCCUCUUCCCCUUCCUCCUCCUCACGUUCCUCUGAUAACGGGCGGCGAGUCAAAGACGCCGCUCAGCUCACCGGCACCCCCACCUCCACUGGGGGCAGUUUGAGCAUGGAGGCGGAGGAGGGGCACGUCACCACCACGGUGGAGAUGCACGAGCCCCCCAUCAUUUUUACUGACGGUCGCCGACUGAGCAGAGCUAGUAAAGCCAGCAGCGUAAGAGCGAGACCCAGUGAUCUGGCAGUUUAGCGGCUCUCUAGCUCAACCCCAAACACAUACAGACACACAAAAGAGGAAAUGAGAGGCAGAUUGCUGGAAUAUAAAAAGAUUCAUAAAUAUUCAUGCAUUUAUAAAAGUUAUACGGGUGUGCAGUCAGUGAGUUCAAUCAGAUCUUAUGUUAUUGUAGGCUACAUGCAUAUGGAAAUGCAUAGUACGUCUCAAUUUGGCCUUAUUAGAAUCAUUUCUUUGGCUAGUGUUGUAGAUACACUCAACUUUCCAUUCUUUUGACUUAGAUUCGUACGCAUUUGGAAGACGGAAACGCGAGCUCAUGGUUAAUUUAGUUGCUGAAAUGAUUUAUGACCUGAGGAUUUGUGCCACAUGAAAACUUGUUGCCAGUUGAAGAUCAAUACGUGACGGCGUAAACUUUAAAAAAAUCCAAGAUGGAAGAAUCAAUGAUAAUAGGGCAAUUCCAGCGUAAUGGACGUGACAUUUUGCGUUAUGGACGUGACAUGAAUGCUCAGAGAAUUAAUUUGUUACAACUAUAUUGAACUAUCUGUUUAUAUUUUAAUUAACACUUGUUGAUAAAGUCUAAACAUCAAAACAUCAUUUCAUUAGUCUUUGAAAAACAAAAAAGGAAAUAAACAUGUGUUAUGGAUGUGACAAAAAAAGGACGGGGUUUUUGGGAGACAAAAAACUUUGUAGGAUUUCUGUGAAAUAAAAUGCAAAAUCCUGAAGCAAUAAUACGCAAUGAAUGGAGAAGAGAUGCCUUUAUAUAGGACAUAAAAUAGUUUCUUUAUAUUAAUUCUCAUGUGUCCAUUUAUGAAGAAUAUGUAGCAUUAUAGAUGUGACAAUCCAGAAAAUGGCUCUUACCUGACUAAGAAAAAUCAUGCACUAAAAAUAAAACAAAUGCUUUACAAAUUUAAAGAGAUCUCACAUGGGUAUUUGAACCACCAAAUGUUAAAAUCUGUGCUGUAUCCAGAGUAAAAACCGCUGGUAAAAACUAAAUUUUUUCUUCAAGUUUUUAAGCUUGACAUUUUAACAGAAUUACCCAAUAGCAAUAGCAAAGCCUAAAAUGUUCGUUAAAUUAAAUAAAUAAAUAAAAAAACACGUGUGAAAAAGUGUGAGGAGAAUUGUUUUUAACACUGAACUAUAAUUAUUAACCAAAUUGAUGUCAUGUUACCUGAAAUAAUAGAAAAUAUGCGGUUAUCCUAGUAUAAGCAGCUAUUCCUACUUGUAAUUAACCUUUUGGGACAACUCACUGACUGACAUCCUUAGAAACUGGGUGCACCCUUUAAUCAUUGCAUUAAGAAAUGGAAGAAAAUUAGGCUGCAAUUAUGGACUUAGAAAUAAGUAAAUGAUAACAUGACCUCUUUUGGAUCUUUUAUGAGAAAAUGUAAUGUGUUAUUACAUACAUAAAUAAUAAAUUAAAUUUAAACCGUUACAUUUUUAUAUUUGAGCAAAUGCCAUUUUAGAUGAUAAAACUGUAUCUGCUUGAAACGAAGAUCAAAUUCAAGGGCACCCAUUACUUGAACAUUUCAAAUCUGUGUCAACAAUACAGGCGCAUGCCUCCACAUUUCCUCACUUUAAAGAGAUGAAGACAUGUUGGGGAGAAACCCAAAGUGAAAAGCACAUAGCUCUAUGAAAGUGGCAAACCUUAUUGCAUUACUAUGAAAUAUACAUAGUAAUUUACAAUAUUACAAUAGGGAAGAGGUUUCCUCCAUAUUAUUUAUGAAUGAAAGUAUUACUAAAAGAAAGUAAUAUUUGACAGUGAAGUAUUUAGAUAACUGUUGUACUAUUGAAUGGUGCAGAGCAUGUAUUUCUCUGGACCAUGUUUUUCCCCACUUUUUUAAAUCCCAUGAUCUGAAGUUUACAUCCUGCUUCUAUAUUACAUUUGAGAGUUUUAAUACAUGUCCAAUUUUACCAUCAGAUACAUUUUGACAAUCUGGCAAUGGGAGUACAAACUCUAUAUAUGUGGGAUCAUUAUUGGUUUUAUUACAAAACGUUUGAAAAAAAAGAUAACAAAUUUGGUUGAGAAUGAGUACAAGACAAUUAUCCAAAACAUUGCUCUUCUGUAGUCGGUUCCCGGUUGCCAAACUAGUGACUUUAAAAUGGACAUUCAAUGAUGCUGAAGGUGUCUUGUGCUGAUAUGGAGAUAAUCUCUUGUUUUGUUCAGUUUCGGGUUACUGUUGGUCUUUAUCAACACUGACUACUACUGUUAUAAGCUAUAACAUGCACAGCCUUCUGUCACAGUGCCAGGAAAGAUAGACAACAGCUGAUAAUCUCUCACACAUUUGACUCGUUUUGGGGAACCUCUACUUUUUGGGACCUCUUUAAACAUGAUGUAUCAGGUAUAUACUACAUGCUUUUCAGUCUAUUUAAAGAGACAAAAAAGCCCUAAAAGACCUACACUAUACGGAACAGAGACUGUGCAGGUUUGCGCUGAAUAACAGUAUUGUUUUUUAUCAGAUCAUAGUAUCUACAAAUGUAUGUUAUUUAUUUCCUGCUGUUUAAUGUAUCCCAAAUGAAAGUGUGUUGUUUCGUCAUUUUUGGUUCUUAAAGUUUACAUUUUAGUAAAUAGUUGAAGAUUUGCACACUUAGGCGAAAUAUACUGUUCAAGAAUUCUUACAUAGGUAGAAAAGAAGGAAAUAUUUUUUGAUCCUUAAAGGAAAACGUCUUAAUGGUAAAACUUGUUGUGUCAAUGGCAGUAUUAUUCCACUUAAAUAACAUCAAAUGUAAUUUCUAAAACAUCACUUGUAGAGUAUCAGAAAUAUACACGUUUCCGUGUUGGAUUUUAGGACAGUUGUGAUGGACUGUAAGGACCGCAGGAAAUUAUAAAAAAUCAUCAAUUUUGAAUUUGAAUUGGCCAGCCAGCUCUUUCUCCUUUCUUGAUCCGUUUGUAGUGGAUUUAGUAUCAGCCCAUUCUUCUCAGAUAACGCUCAUUUCUUGAUCUUACUGAACCGAUUUUCUCAAGCGGAGCUGAUUAUUCUGACCAAUCAGGGAAAUGAACCACCUACAUAUGCUCAGAACAGCAGCCUGUUUCAAUGCUGUCUUAAGAGAAGUGCCUUGUGUAUUCAAUUUUAUAAGAACAAGUUGAUGUAAAUGUUCAUUUACCUCAAAUGUUUA